UUGGGAGCAAUAAUAUUUUGCGGGGUAAUUGUAAGAAGGUGCCUCCUUUCCUUGUGACCGGUUCUCCGAGAACUCGCCUCCCCCUUUCCGCACUGUUCAGAUCCCGUCCGCCCCCGCCUCCACACCUCGUCUUCUCCGCCGGCCGAGAAACCUCCCCCUAGUCGCCGAAAAACGUCCCAUCUUCCCCGGAGAAUCUCCUCCUCCUCGUCCUCGGCGGCGGCCCCCGACCGCAUACUUCGUUCUUCGUUUUCUUCGUGAGGGAGUAAGGGAAGGGGGGCUCGAAUCCUAGCGUGGCUUCUCUCGGUGCCGUGCUGCGGGAAGGAUUGCGGCAUUUUUAGGUGGGCUUCUUUGAUUCCACGGCGGACGGUGGAGGAUCGGUAUGCGAUGCAGGUGCAAGGACGGUCGUGCUUGUCUGGAGAAGUUAAAAAUGGAUUAGAAAUCUUGAAGCGCAGAAGACUUCAACAGAAAAUGUCUGGCAUUGUCCCUGAAGGUAUCGAUGCGGUCAAUACAAUGUCCAGAAGUGGCGGGGAUGCCUUAAGGAUUUCAUCAUCAUGUAGUACUAGGAUUCAUGGAAAUGUCAAUGCAUUUUCCCAUGACAGUGGUUCUGGAAAGGAUGCUUUCUCCAAGCACCAAGUGAAAAAGUUUGACAUGUCUGACUUACAAUGGAUAGAAAAGAUCCCAGAAUGUCCUGUAUUUUGUCCUUCAAAGGAGGAUUUUGAGAACCCAUUAGAUUAUCUUCAACAGAUUGCACCUCUUGCUUCAAGAUAUGGCAUAUGUAAGAUUGUUUCCCCUAUAAGUGCUUCAGUUCCUGCUGGUGUUGUAUUAACGAAGGAGCAAGCUGGAUUUAAGUUUACUACAAGGGUUCAACCUCUUCGUCUUGCUGAGUGGGCUGCAGAUGACAAGGUCACCUUUUUCAUGAGUGGAAGAAAAUACACAUUUCGGGAAUUUGAGAAGAUGGCAAACAAGGUAUUCUCUCAAAGAUAUUCAAGUUCUGGAUGUCUUCCAGCUAAAUUUGUGGAAGAGCAAUUUUGGCAUGAAAUUGCAUUUGGGAAGUCAGAGUUUGUUGAGUAUGCUUGUGAUGUAGAUGGAAGUGCAUUCUCAUUAUCACCUAAAGAUGAACUUGGACAAAGCAAUUGGAACUUGAAGAGGUUUUCUCGGCUGCCGAAGUCUGUACUACGGCAUCUGGUUAAUGCAAUUCCAGGAGUAACUGACCCCAUGCUUUACAUUGGGAUGCUUUUUAGUAUGUUUGCUUGGCAUGUUGAAGAUCACUAUCUAUAUAGCAUUAGUUAUCAUCAUUGUGGAGCUUCCAAGACCUGGUAUGGAAUUCCAGGCCAUGCUGCACCAGAUUUUGAAAGAGUGGUUCGAAGUCAUGUGUAUGAUUCCGAUAUUUUGCAAGGCGAAGGAGAGAAUGCAGCUUUUGAUGUUCUUCUGGGAAAGACCACAAUGUUUCCUCCAAAUAUUCUACUGAAACAUGAUGUUCCCAUUUACAAAGCUGUACAGAAACCUGGAGAAUUUAUUGUCACCUUUCCUCAAGCUUAUCAUGCAGGCUUCAGUCAUGGGUUCAAUUGUGGUGAAGCAGUGAAUUUUGCCAUUGGUAAUUGGUUCCCACUGGGUACUGUGGCUAGUCAACGAUAUGCACUUCUCAAUAGGAUACCAUUGCUCCCUCAUGAGGAACUCCUCUGUAAGGAAGCAGUGUCUCUUUCCAAGAGAUUAUCAAAUUCUGAAUCUAAAAGUCCUGCCUCUUCAACUGAAGACUUUGUUUCCCAACAUUGCAUUAAAUUUUCUUUUGUGAACUUAAUGCGCUUCCAGCAUCAUGCUCGUUGGUCACUAAUGAAGUUAGGGACUCGUGCAUGGAUUAAUACCGAGACUGUACUAUGUAGCAUUUGCAGACGUGACUGCUAUGUUUCUCAUGUUAAGUGUAAUUGCCACAAGGAACCGAUGUGUCUCCGCCAUGAUAAAGAGCUUAGGAGCUGCCACUGUGGUUCUGAUCGUGUUAUAUUUAUGAGGGGAGAUAUUUUGAAAUUGGAAGCUAUAUCACGGGAUUUUGAACAGGACAAUGAUGUACUAGACGAAGUUCAGAAGCAGGUUCAGCAAGGCAAUGAUUUUCAUCUAUGGUCUAGCUCAUUCAGCAGUGCUGAAGAUGAUGGAUAUGUUCCGUAUUGUGAGAUAAAAUUUCAAACAAGCUAUGAAGUUAAAGAUUACAACGAGUAUGGAACUCUAGAAUCUGUGUCUUCUGUACCAGUGUCAUCAUCUGUUGGGUCAGAAGGAGUUCAAUUGCAUGUCUGUGCAAAACCUAAUAUAGGAACAUUAUCUUGCACCAACCCACCCAGUUCAUGUCAAUCUGUAGUUCUAGUUCCUGAUAGAUAUGCAGCUAUUUAUCAAGGUGGUUCUCCUGAUACUUCAGUUAUGCAAGAGGAUGAAUCUGACUCUGAAAUAUUUAGAGUUAAGCGUAGGUCUGGAAUCAAGUUAGAGAAAAGAUCUGCCAGUGAUGUAGUUGGCUGUAGCCUCCGUGAACAACAGGGGUUAAAACGGUUGAAGAAGGUCCGUCCGGAAGGAAGGCAUCUGCAUGUGGCACCAUCAGAAUCUAAUCUUUCCAUGGCAGAUCAUUCUGCUCCAGUUGGUCAUUUUGUUGAGAACCUUGAACCUGCUUUUAGCAGGAGUUCCAAAGGAAUGGUACCAAAAUCCUUCAAAAUCAGACGGGAAGUCUUUGUUGAUGAAGUUACUAAACUAAAAGUGAAUCGGAACAAAGGGGAUGGUCUUCAAUCCAACUCAUUAGACAUCAUCAGGAAUUCGCCAUCCAUCGAACUUGGGACAAAGCGCUUAAAAGUUAGAGGACCUUCUUUUCCUAGUGGUUCAGUUGCACGAGAUGAUUCUGGCAGUAGAUUUCCAGGGGGCAAAUAUACUAGUUGGCAUGCCUCAUAGAAGCAUGCUGUGUUGGGCGGAUGCUAACUUCAGAUUUUAAUUGGUCUCUGAUAAUAGAAAGCAACGUCGGACUAAUCACAGUUAUCAAUUAACAAGAUGAGUUAGAACAGGUCAACUCACCUAAUUGAUUCUUUGUGUAGGCCUCCAAAUGAGGUGCUGGCACGACUUGAUUCUUCUCGACCACAUUUCUUAUUCUCUAAUGCUGAACAACAGUAGAAUUGUAUCAUACUAGUUGUAUAUUGGUGGAUCAUUUCUUCUCGGUUACGAUUCCACUGUCAGGAAUGAUCAUUCUGCUAAUUUUCUGAUUUACUUUGUUCUUCAAAUGAUUCAUUUCUUACAUUUGGCACUUGAAUAAGUUGCACACGAAAUUGUGCAUGUGGUUUGAACA